GACCAGAAAGGAAUGUUGGGGAGAGUGGACUGAGGGACCCAGUAAGAGACAGUCCAGCUGGAGUCUCUGUCUCCCUAAAAGCCCAGAGUAAAGCAAGUGAGCCCAGGAGUAUGGUUCUGAGGAGAGCGAGGUCAUGACGAUACCUCUGUUGGGCUUGGCUUUGUGGUCGCUGCUCCUCCAUCCAGGGCUGAUGCUCUGGAACUCUCAGGUGAGUCAGAACUGCAACGAUGGCAGGUACGAGAUCAGCGUCCUGAUGAUGAAAAACUCGGCCUUCGAAGAGCCUUCGGUGAAUUUGAAAAAUGCAGUGAAUAUGGGAGUGGAAAUAGUGAGACGCCGUCUAUUAAGUGAUGGCAUAGAUGUGACUGUGAAUGCUACCUUUAUCUAUUCGGAGGGUGUGAUUUAUAAGUCAACUGACUGUCGGAGUAGCACCUGUGAAGGCUUUGACCUACUCAAGAAAAUUUCAGAUGAAAAACAAAUGGGCUGUGUUCUCAUGGGGCCUUCGUGUACAUAUGCCACCUUCCAGAUAUACCUUGACACAGAGUUGAAUUAUCCCAUGAUUUCAGCUGGAAGUUUUGGAUUGUCAUGUGACUACAAAGAAACUUUAACCAGGUUGAUGUCUCCAGCUAGGAAGUUGAUGUACUUCUUGGUUGAUUUUUGGAAGGUCAACAAUUUGCCAUUCAAAACUUAUUCCUGGAGCACUGCAUAUGUUUUCAAGAAUGGUACGGAGUCUGAGGAUUGUUUCUGGUAUCUCAAUGCUCUGGAGGCUGGAGUUUCUUAUUUUUCUCAGAAACUUUUCUUCAAGGACAUGUUGAGAGGAGAUGACCAGUUUCAGAAUAUCUUAACAGACCAGAAUAGGAAAAGCAAUGUGAUUGUUGUUUGUGGUGGACCAGACACCAUCAAAUCCCUCAAGGGUGACCGGGAAGUGUCUGAAGACAUCGUCAUUAUUCUAGUGGAUCUUUUCAAUAACAACUACUUCAUGGACAAUGUCACGGCCCCUGACUACAUGAAAAAUGUCCUUGUUCUGACAUUGCCUCCUGAAAAUUCCGCCUCAAAUAGCAAUCUCUCUCAGAAUGCACCACUGGUAAAAAAUGACUUUGCUCUUGCCUACUUGAAUGGUGUCUUACUCUUUGGACACGUGCUGAAGAUAUUUCUUGAAAACAAAGAACGUGUUACCACCCUAAAAUUUGCUCAUGCUUUCAGGAACCUCACUUUUGAAGGUUAUACAGGUCCUAUCACGUUGGACGACUCUGGGGAUAUUGACAAUAAGAUGGUGCUUCUGUAUACCUCUGUGGAUACCAAAAAAUACAAGCCUCUUUUGACCUAUGACACCCAGACAAAUAGGACUAAACCUGAGGAUACGAGUCCCGCAUUCAUCUGGAAGAACCAUAAACUUCCUAACGAUAUUCCAAGCCUGGGACCUCACAUUCUGAUGAUUGCAGUCUUUACUCUCACAGGGAUUAUGAUCCUGCUCCUGUUCAUUGCUUUCCUGGUGCUGAGAAAAUAUAAAAAAGAAAAUGAACUUCGUCAGAAAAAAUGGUCCCACAUUCCUCCUGAAAACAUCUUUCCUCUGGAGACCAAUGAGACUAACCAUAUUAGCCUGAAGAUCGAUGAUGACAAAAGACGAGAUACAAUUCAGAGACUACGACAGUGCAAAUAUGACAAAAAGAGAGUGAUUCUAAAGGAUCUCAAGCACAAUGAUGGCAAUUUCACUGAGAAACAGAAGAUAGAAUUGAACAAGUUGCUUCAGAUUGACUAUUACAACUUAACCAAGUUCUACGGGACGGUGAAGCUUGAUUCCAUGAUCUUUGGGGUGAUAGAAUACUGUGAGAGAGGAUCCCUGCGGGAAGUUUUAAAUGACACAAUUUCCUACCCUGAUGGUACUUUCAUGGAUUGGGAGUUUAAGAUCUCUGUCUUAUAUGACAUUGCUAAGGGGAUGUCAUAUCUACACUCCAGUAAGACAGAAGUCCAUGGCCGUCUGAAAUCCACCAACUGUGUGGUGGACAGUAGAAUGGUGGUGAAGAUCACUGAUUUUGGCUGCAAUUCCAUUUUACCUCCAAAAAAAGACCUGUGGACAGCCCCCGAGCACCUCCGCCAAGCCAGCGUCUCUCAGAAAGGAGACGUGUACAGCUACGGGAUCAUCGCACAGGAGAUCAUCCUGCGGAGAGAAACCUUCUAUACGUUGAGCUGCCGGGACCAGAAUGAGAAGAUUUUCAGAGUGGAGAAUUCCAACGGAAUGAAACCCUUCCGCCCAGAUCUGUUCCUGGAAACAGCAGAGGAAAAAGAGCUGGAAGUAUAUCUACUUGUAAAACACUGCUGGGAAGAAGAUCCGGAAAAGAGACCAGAUUUCAAGAAAAUUGAGACUACGCUAGGCAAGAUAUUUGGCCUUUUUCAUGACCAAAAAAGUGAAAGUUAUAUGGACACCUUGAUCCGACGUCUACAGCUAUAUUCUCGAAACCUGGAACAUCUGGUGGAGGAAAGGACACAGCUGUACAAAGCAGAGAGGGACAGAGCUGAUAGACUUAACUUUAUGUUGCUCCCAAGGCUAGUGGUAAAGUCUCUAAAGGAGAAAGGCUUUGUGGAGCCUGAACUAUAUGAGGAAGUUACAAUCUACUUUAGUGACAUUGUAGGUUUCACCACUAUCUGCAAAUACAGCACCCCCAUGGAAGUGGUGGACAUGCUAAAUGACAUCUAUAAGAGUUUUGACCACAUUCUUGAUCAUCAUGAUGUGUACAAGGUGGAAACCAUUGGUGAUGCUUACAUGGUAGCUAGUGGUUUGCCUAAGAGAAAUGGCAAUCGGCAUGCUGUAGACAUUGCCAGGAUGGCCUUGGAUAUCCUUAGCUUCAUGGGGACCUUCGAGCUGGAGCAUCUUCCUGGACUCCCAAUAUGGAUUCGCAUUGGAAUUCACUCUGGUCCCUGUGCUGCUGGAGUUGUAGGGAUCAAGAUGCCUCGUUAUUGCCUAUUUGGAGAUACCGUCAACACAGCCUCUAGAAUGGAAUCCACUGGCCUCCCCUUGAGAAUUCAUGCGAGUGGCUCCACAAUAGCCAUCCUGAAGAGGACCGAGUGCCAGUUCCUGUAUGAAGUGAGAGGGGAAACAUACUUAAAGGGAAGAGGAACUGAAACCACCUACUGGCUGACCGGGGUCAAGGACCAGGAGUACAACCUGCCAACCCCUCCUACUGUGGAGAAUCAACAGCGUUUGCAAGCUGAAUUUUCAGAUAUGAUUGCCAACUCUUUACAGAAAAGACAGGCUGCAGGAAUAAAGAGCCGAAAACCUACACGGGUAGCUAGCUACAAAAAAGGCACUCUGGAAUACAUGCAAUUGAACACAACAGACAAGGAGAGCACCCAUUUUUAAACCUAAAUGAGAUCCAAGAACUCAGGUAAAUGAAGUACAGCCACACUUAGGCAGCACCUCAAGGUUCUUGAACAUCUCCGUUUCCCUGAGACCUCAGUGGGACAGAAGAAGAGUCAGAUGCAUUCUACUGAGCCUUGGCUGCCCUGUUUGUAACAUUUUGAAGAAAUAUUAUAGAACAUUCUGGAAAAGUAAAUUAUCUUUUUCUCUGGAGCCUCAUCUCAACAGUUGCUCUAGGGAACGUCAAGCUAAGAAAGAGAAAUGAAUGUAUUAUCUCGAAGUUGAGGAGAUUUUGUUCUCAAUUCAUUUAUUUUGUUUUUGUUUUGUUUCAUUUAUUGGCUCUUUUUUCUCUGUAUUCAUGAUAGGAUUUUUUAAAUUGUCACAAUUAUAUGUUAAGUACUUUGUCUCCAUUAAAUUAUAAUUUUUUUUGAAGAAAAUAUGCUAUAUAUUAGUUAGGAAUAAAAGUUAAAAGUGUA